AUGCAGCUCUCACUGUCUUCCGCCGGCGGCGAGGUGAUGCCUCUCGACUACACAAUCAUGCCGUCUACCCAAAGCUUAGGCUUAAAUCAAUCCGAAGUCGCCCGUGGAUCUAUCAAGUUCGAAGGUAUCAUGAUUGCGGCGGACCCCGACAACUAUGAUCUCAUCACUGGCCCUGGGCAGAUCGCCUACCUGUCAUGCGACGAGAAGGACGAUGGCCGCUCGGCAACCCCCAAUGUCAUGCUACUGGAGUUGAUGGAGAAUAAGCCGAAGGCCAUUGUGCUCUACAGUACUGUCGGUAAUUGGUGCAUGCUCGAAGGCUCUGAACUUCCCUACCAGAGCAUUUUCACCAUGGCCGACGCUGGCGACGCCAUGGCCGCAUUUGAAAUUCUGAACAAUACCAACGAAGUUGACGUCAUCCAAGUCACCAUCACUGGCAACACGACAUCGGACAGCUCAGGCAGUGGCGGCAGCAGCGGCGGCAACAACUCGGCCGUCGCCAUGAGCAUUCUGUACACCAUUACAGGCCUCAUCACCCUGCUCUUCCUCAUCAUCAUCUGCACAGGUGCCAUCCGAGCCCAUCGCUACCCUGAACGCUACGGCCCCAGCAGUGGUCACGCCGGACGGCCUCGCCAAAGCCGUGCCAAGGGCCUUGCCCGCGCGGUUUUGGAGACGAUUCCGAUUGUCAAGUUUGGCAGCCCGGAACCCGCGAAACCAGAUCCCGAUAUGGAACUCGAAAAUGCCUCGAUUGAACCGCGCGACAGACCCAUCGAGCUGGAGCCCGCAGGAGGAGGAGCAACGCCGCAAGGAGCGGCAGGCAGCAUUCCGCAGGCCACGGCAGCGGCCACCGGAGGUGCGACAAUGUCAGCCACUGGAGCCGUCGGUAAUUCCAACGACGAGCACCUGGGGUGCACAAUCUGCACAGAAGACUUCAACGUGGGAGAGGACGUCCGCGUGCUGCCCUGCAACCACAAAUACCACCCAGGCUGCAUCGACCCUUGGCUCGUCAAUGUGUCUGGCACCUGCCCGUUGUGCCGCCACGAUCUGCGACCUGAACACGACGAGGACGAGGAGCGGAGCUCCGCAGACGAUGCGCUCCCGCCUCCGCUCGAGCUUGACGGCCAAGACAGCGACAGUAACAGUACCAAUGGACCGCAGAGACGCAGGACAUCUCGCCUCCUGGAUCUCAAUCGACUGCGGAACGCAUCCGUGGAAGAACGAAUGCAAGCCCUGCGAGACUACCGACGCGAGCAGCGUGCCCACGCCGCACCGGAAGGGUCUUCCGAGCAUGAGGUUGACGCGCGAGGCCGCCGGGCCAGGCUGGCCGACAAGCUCCGUGACAAAUUCAAGAUCCGGACGAGCCCCCAAGGCGGCAGCGGCGAGUCCUGA